AUGAUCAUGAGCUGCAAAGUGCCCCUUUUAGUCUACUGCUUUGUCCCGGUUACGGUCUUACUGCUGGACUGCUUGCACAUAGCGGUGUCACGGCCAGGAUUGAAUGGGUCUUUGGGGCUACUAUGCGGGCAGAAGGACAGCAGACCCUUUGCUGACGUAACCAAAGCUGCCGGCGACGUCGUUGGCGUAGCGCUAGAAACUAGACAGGGGAGUGCGGGAAAUGCUCCCGAGCUCGCGGGUUACCCGGAUGGGUUUGUUUACGUCUAUGCCAUGCCCAAGCGCUUCACGGAUCACGUCUUCAACCGGACGGCCGCAUACCACGACACUCAAUACGACACCGACGUGCACCUCCACCGGUUCCUGUUAACCAGCCGGGUUAGGACGCUUAACCCCGAGGCCGCCAGCCUGUUCUACAUACCCAUGUACCUGGGUUACUACCUCAACACGCAGUGGUCGUUUGAAAAAGAGGACGGUGCGCCGUUUAAAGAGGGAGUGGCCCACGCCUCGCGCUUUGUGUCGGACGCUUUGGACCAUGUUCGGACGAGCUGGCCGUUUUGGAACCGGACGAACGGGGCGGACCAUGUGGCCGUGUUUGGGUACGACAACGGGCGGUGCGAUGCAUAUGGGUUUCUGAAGGAUGCAAGGAGGGAAGUGGGGCAGCUUAUCAGCAUUCAGGCGAAUGGCGAUCUUGUUGCCCGCUCUUGGGCACACCAAUACGAUCCUGACCGCGCCCCUGACGACUUCUUCUGUCACGCUCCCGGGCGGGACGUUGUGGUUCCCAUGUGGUUAAAGCCGAACCGGAUUGUCCGCCCGCUCGAAAGCAACCGGAGCAUCCCACUGCUGUACCGAUUCUCGGCCCGAGACCAGCACGGUGCUCGGUACGGCCACGAAAUCCGAAAGGAACUGCACGAGCAGUGGGUGAGGGAUCCCUUUCCGGGGUCGGAUUUUGCGGCGCGAACAGCGGAGGAGACGCUCGCCGACAUGAGCCGGGCAGUGUUUUGCGUCACACCGCCCGGAAACACGCAGGACACAGCCCGUUUCUGGAAGGCCAUCUCAAUGGGGUGCAUUCCGGUGAGCUUCUUCCGCGCGUUCGACCGGCCCUUCGAGCGGAGCAGACUGCUGGACUACGACACGUUCACGGUCAACCUGGAGACGGAUGACAUCACGGGCCGCCUGAAUGACGUCAUCCGGGCGAUCCUGGACGACCCCGCGAGGUUGCGCACUCUCCAGGACGGUCUGGCGCGGGUGCAAGAACUUCUGCAGUACGAUAAGACGACAGAAAGCGGGUCGUGCUACGGCCUGAUUCUAAAGGAGCUCGCAAUACGCGCCACGGGGCGCGGGGCUGCGUCGAAGAACAUGUAA